AUGUAUGUAUGUAUAGAACAGAUCAGCUGUCUCAAGCACGUAUCGAGUCGCAGUGAUGCGGGGCCAAGUUGUUACGGAACAAGGACUUGGAAUAGUCGGAAUACGUUCGACAUUCUCGUGAAUGGUGGAGGAGCAGUGACACUUCAGUUCCAGCGCAACCCCUUUGAUCCACUCACCAGGACGGUAUUUGUGCCGUGGAAUCAAAUAGUUGUAUUACCACCGGUCGUAAUGACUUUGCCUCAGGAACGGAAAUCCCAUAAAUCCAAUCUGCCGCCCAUUCCAGCUGUUGCAGGAUACCUCUCGACAGUCCGAAUGCAGCUGACAGGUCCAGUGAUUCCCGUAUCUCUAACCCACGUGCACGUCCACGUAGAAAUAGAAGGUUCAGUCCACACAAAAACCUACGAAGCGGAUCCAAACUUAACACACACAUUCGCCUGGAACAAGCGUAACGUCUACAAGCAAAAAGUGUACGGCGUGGCCCAGGCCCACGUCUCCGUCGGGUACCAGCACUCCAGCUGCCCCUCGAUAAUCUGGGAGACCCAGACCGCCACGCUGCAAGGCUUCGACGUGGACAUCUCUGACAUCGGCGGCUGGGGACUGGACAUCCACCACCACUACAACUUCCACGAAGGUAUCCUCCAGAAGGGAGACGGCUCAACCCUCCACUUCAAGCAGUACCCGCGAACUGUCCAAGUAGUGAUGGGCACGGGAUCUCAACGCAGUUUAGUUUGCCAGAACUGCGACGGGCUGGCCAUUGACGCGCGACUUCUGACUCCAGUAGCGCUGGCCAGCGGUCCUGACGGUAGCAUAUACGUCGGCGACUUCAAUCUAGUCCGUCGUAUCACUCCCAAAGGAAAUGUCUACACAGUCCUCAUUCUAAGCGCGACGCAAGUCGCUUACCAGUACUACCUCUGCGUGUCUCCAGCUGAUGGACAUCUUUACAUCAGCGACCCCGAGAAGCACCGGAUUUUAAGAGCCCUGUCCCUGGAAGAGGUCACGGACCCGAGCAUCAACAUCGAGCCAGUCGUAGGAAGUGGAGAACGCUGCAUUCCAGGCGACGAAGGCCACUGCGGUGACGGGGGUCCCGCAAUACUUGCCAAGCUGGCGCAUCCCAAGGGCAUCGCCAUCGCAGCUGACAAAACAAUGUACAUCGCCGACGGAACCAACAUCAGAGCGGUAGAUCCCGACGGGAUCAUUCACACGCUGGUUGGACACCACGGCCAUCACAACCACUGGUCCCCUGCCCCUUGCGUGGGCGCCAUUCCUGCCCACCAAGCCCAAUUGCAGUGGCCCACCGGCUUAACACUUAGCCCUCUUGACGGAACGCUCCACUUCAUCGACGACAGGCUUGUUCUUAAACUGACCAGCGACCUCAAGGUCCGCGUCGUCGCCGGAACCCCUCUGCACUGCACCAGCAGCGCCAAUACCCAGGAUCUGAAGAUCAACUCCACAAUUAGGGAAAACGGCAGCGGGGUGGGCUACAAAAAGUCCGAUCAGGUCCUCGGCUCCGUUCUGGCGGUGAGUUUCAGUCCCUCAGGAGAGCUCUAUAUUGCUGACAGCGACUCCCAUCGGGUUAAUUCCAUCCGAGUUGUUGAUUCUUCCGGGAAAAUGUCUCACUACGCUGGCAGGUUGCAAGAACGGCUCCGUGAUCAAUGCGAAUGCAGCAAUGUCACCAAGAACCUCAACAUCUGCCCUUGUAAUGAAGACACCAGCAGCACGGAGACUCUCCUGUCUUCUAAUACUAAAUUCACCGCGAUUUCUGCAUUAGCAGUCACUCCGGAUGGAGUUCUGCAUGUUGCUGAUCAAGGGAAUCUCCAUAUCUUGGCUCUCAAGCCUUAUUUACCCAAUUUGGUCGAGCCUGGGGAGUUCCAGAUUCCUUACCCUCCGUCUAAUGAAAUCUAUGUGUUCAAUAGAUACGGGCAGCAUGUCGCUACCAAGGAUCUGACCACUGGAACCACCAGGUACUCAUUUUUGUACUCCAAGAACACCAGUUUUGGUAAAUUGUCCACGGUGACUGAUAGCGCUGGAAACAAGAUCACCUUCCUGAGAGAUUACAGUGGUGUGGUGAGUUCUAUUGAGAACACCCAGGACCACAAAUCCGAGCUGAAGAUAUCUGGAAUAGGCUUUUUGGUGAAGCUAACGGAAACUGGAAGGUCAGAAAUUUCGCUGGACUACGACAGCGAAACUGGAUUACUAACCAGCCGAUGUGGAGGUGGUGAAACUUAUGUUUACAAUUACGACACACUGGGGCGAGUAGCGAACAUAAUUCUUCCGACAGGUGAGAAUAUUAAACUAACGUCAGGGCUAGCAGAUAACGAAGCUCUUUCGGUUAAGGUAGAGGCUCCCUUACAGGCUUUAGCCAAGACAAAUAAGAACCGUGUUAUUGAGUUUAAAAUGCACAAAGACCGCUCGAAUUUAUUGACGAUAACAGACGCGGCAAAGGUCCACCGGGCAACCUCUUUCCCUAACAAUAAUAGUCUUGAAGUUAUUCUGCCCAGCGGCGGGCGUGUACUCACAGCAGCAACAACAAAGCACCCACUGCUGGAGGCAGCUCUGCCCGUUGAAGCCGAAAUGCUUCCUAUGUGGAGCUACCAAGUGCUUACACUCGGUGAAUUAAUAAAUACUAUGACAACAACGUAUAAUCUAGUAGGAGAUGUAAGUCAUCCACAGCAGACUUUGAAUCGCGAAAUAUGGGUCAAUGAGUCUCGAGUAAUCGGCGUUAAAUUUGAGCAGUUACUCAGACGUGAAACCUUCUACGUUCACCCGUCUAACCCAUUGUUGAACGUCACCUUUGAUUUAGCGGGCUUGCCGCUCAGUUGGCAGCCCCAGUAUGGUCACUGUCUCAACAUUACUUAUGACAGGUUCAACCGAAUUCAAACCUGGCAAUGGGGCGCGUCUAAUGAGUCUUACAAUUACGACAGACGCGGCCAAUUGUCCGAGGUGACCAAUUCUCAAGACGGCACCAAGCGCUACUCCUACAACAACUUUAACGGGCUCAGCAAAAUAACCCUAGCGAGCAACAGAGAAUUUUCAUUAGAGUACGACGAAAAUGGAGGACUCAGGCAUAUUACCUUGCCAUCAGGAACCCAGCAUUCAUUUUCCUGUCAAGCUUCUCUGGGAUUCUUGAGAGUGACUUACACGCCUCCUGGUAGCACCCGGUCCUACUUGCAGCACUACAGCCACGAGGGUAACCUUCUCCAGACUGUUUUUCCGGGUGACGGGGCCAGAAUUGUCUACCGUUAUCAUCCCUGGGGCCAAUUGUCGGAAAUAGUCCACGGGGAUGGUAAGAGCGAGAUCCGCUACACCGAAAGCGGGCUUCCUUCUGAGGUUAUCCACACGGAAAAGGACGUGGAGUACCGCUGGGACUAUCAGUACAGCGCGGGGCUGCUAAUUGAAGAAAGAAUUGACUUCGAAGCCAAAACAGGACUGAGCAAUGCCAAGUUUACAUUCGAUUACGACGCAAAUUACCGGCUGAUUGCCGUCCAGGGCAGAAUUGGUGGGCAGACUCUGCCAGCUCACACAAUGGCGUACAGCCCCAAGACCGGAGCGCUUGAGCAGAUCGGCCAGUUCAAGGUCACUCGCCCGGCGGCCAAUGAAACGAUUGUUUAUGAUGGUACUGCUGUAUUUUCCCGCGUUACUGAUAAAUACUUCCUGGAGACUCAGGUGAAGGUCACUAUUCACGGGCUGGUGGUCUUCAGGAUGGAGUUCACUCAUGAUUCCAAGGGCAGGAUCAAUCAAACGCGGACAGACACCAGCAAUGUCGGUGUAAAUACUUAUACUAAUGUCAAGAACUACACCUGGGACUCUGAUGGCCAGCUGACGGGCAUCGACGCUCAGGAACCUUGGGGCUUCCGUUAUGACGGCAAUGGAAACAUGCUCUCGCUGACCUACCGGGGCAACACCAUCCCCAUGGAGUACAAUAAUUUAGACAGAAUUGUCAAGUUUGGCGACGGGUUGUAUAAGUACGACAAUCGGGGACAGGUUAUCCAAAACGCUAGGGAAGAAAGGUUCAAUUACAACGCCAAGGGACUCUUGAUAAGAGCCACCAAGAAGGGCAGAUUCGAUGUAAGGUAUUACUACGACCAUCUGGACAGAUUGGCCACACGCAAAGAUAAUUACGGCAAUGUCACCCAGUUCUUCUAUAACAAUCAAAAGCGCCCCCAUGAAGUCAGCCAGAUUUACAGCCCCCGGGACGGGAAAGUUAUGUCGCUUAUUUAUGAUGAUCGUGGUCAUUUGAUUUACGCCCAAAUAUAUCGGCAUAAAUAUUAUAUUGCUACCGAUCAAUGUGGGACGCCUAUUAUGAUUUUUAAUCAGUACGGCGAGGGUAUUAGAGAGCUUAUGAGGUCUCCGUAUGGGCAUAUUGUUUACGAUUCUAAUCCUUAUCUUUAUCUGCCGGUCGACUAUUGUGGAGGGCUUUUGGAUAAGGUUACUUCUCUAGUCCACAUGCCGAACGGCAAAGUUUAUGAUCCGCUGAUCGGCCAAUGGAUGUCGCCACUGUGGGAAAACGUUCUUGAGCGCGUAGCGACACCUACGCACCUUCAUCUGUACAGGUUCAAUGGCAAUGAUCCAAUCGACGUUAGACAUGCGCGAGAACGGAACCAACCAACAGAUCACAUAUCAUGGCUGAACUUACUGGGCUACGACCUGAAGAGCCUGGCGCCUCAGCUGUUCCCGGAACAAUUGCCCGACGACCAAGUUCCACCUUCCCUGAACCCCCAGGCCCUGAUAUUCGGCGGUAAAAAGAAGACCCGUAACCUGGGUGUCCAAUCCGGCUUCUUGGCGCACAUUGCUCAACGUCAUUCCGGCGACGCGGCCUCUUUACUAGCGCCACCUAGGUCGGCGCUAAAGAAAGACCCAAGUGAGCUAAUUCCUUCGAGGUUAGGAGCGGCUUCAGAUCCGCCAUUCGGCCAAGGAAUUCUCGUUUCACGAACCGCAGAUGGUAAAGCAGUUGUUUCUUCUGUACCGGCUGCCAACCAAAUUUACAGGGACGUUUUUACAACCGUCUUCAACCGAUCUUACUUCUUGCCGUUCAGUUUUGUGGUACACAGCGCGCAACAGGACGCGUUUUACUUUGUCAAAGAAGAAACGUGGAAGUCUAAUGACGACCGCGGACAAUUGAAGCGACUUGGCGGGAAAGUUAAUGUUACUUUUCAUGAAAAUGAAAAUGGAAGUGGCAGCACUGUCGACGUUAAAAUUCACGGCGCUAGUUAUGUUGUUAACUUGAGAUACGGGACUACAGCUGAGAAAGAAAAGCAGAGACUUCUUCAUCACGCGAAGAUGACUGCGAUACGCAAAGCUUGGCACAGAGAGCGCGAAGCGCUGAAGGUUAACACUCCGACCUCCAUUGAAUGGAUGGUCACAGAGCAAGAUGAGAUUUUGAAGGACGGCUCCGCUUCUAAUUACGAUGGCGAGUACAUUCAUGACGCACAAUUGUACCCAGAGUUAGCGGAGGAUCCUUACAAUAUUAGAUUCGUGAAAAAGAUAACAGACUCGUCGAGUAAAAAGCGACGCAGGAGGAGAGGAACCUCAACUGUUUGCAAAUAUUGGCGACUUGAUGGAUUAUGCUAA